GGAGGAGUGAGCCAGCCUUUUAAAGGCUUGUCUUCAGACAGCACUCAGCACAUGCUCACAAGACAGACUCAUGAUCUACAUUCUCAUAGCCAGCUUUUCACUGAGACGAGAGGAAUCUUCAGUGUCCCAGGGAGUGUUCUGUUCCAGGUCUCUGAGACUCCACUGGAGAUUCCAAGAGCCCUGCUGGAGCAUCACUCCGGGGACCCUGGGAAUCUGUGGAGCUGCCAGUUGAUCCGCUGCGUUUGAGGAUAGUGGGAGGACCGGACAGACGGAGCGGGAUCAGGAGAUUUAGUCGCUCAGACAGUCUGACAGUUUUCUGCUGUGUGAUUUAGUUAAAGGGACCAACCAGCACCCCAGGAUAUGCCCCCGUUGGGUCACUGAGCCGGACUGAUGUGGUGUGCGAGCCAUGGUGACUCUGUCCCACAAGAAGCCUUUCAGUGAGGAAGACUGCGAAGAGGACAGACAAUAGACCAGAGGAACGACGUGAAGAGAGGAGGACGAACAGCAGCAGACGAGCCACCCCAGAAUGCCUGUAGAGACCCUCCGACCCUCAGACGAGCGUCUGGCGGGGGUCCCCUUCACCUCAGCCAUGCCUUUCCGUAUCCUCAACAAGGGACCCGACUACUUCCGGAGGCCCGCGGAGCCUGGAGCCCGUAAGCUGAGCGCGGUGGAGCGUCUGGAGGCGGACAAGGCCAAGUAUGUGAAGAGCCAGCAGGUGGUGCUCACCAGGCAGGAGCCUGUCAAACCACCCAUCAUCCGCAAGCCUCUGCUGUCCCCGGGCAUGAUGCUGCAGUGUCGGAUCAACGCCCCCCCGGCCCGCAAGGUUCCGCGGCGGCCUGCCGACUCAGAGAACGGAGGAGGGACAGGAGGGAUAGGGUGGCGGAGGGGACCACCUCUUAACCUGGAGAUCCUCAACAACCUCAUCAACAAUGUGUGUGAUGGACCCCUUCUCUGCUCCCCAUCUUCCGUCCCCUCCUCGCCCUACACCUCCUCUCCUUCAUCUGGGGGGAACAGCAUGGAGAAUGGUCUCUCAGCUGACCGGGAGAGGAGCAAUCGAGUCCUGAGCAACCUUAAACCUGUUAAUAACUGCAACACCUCCUCCUCCACCACCUCCUCUUCUUCCACCUCCUCUCCCCUCAACAACAACAGCCAGACCUGCCCUGCCGAGCCCAGCCAGCGGCCGCCCCCUGUCCCAGCACGGGGCAUCAGGGUGGGGGUGCCAGCGCCCUACAGCUCUCCUAACUCCGUGACGGUGCGCAGGGUGGAUGUGAGGCCCCAGGCUGAGCCGAGGAAGCCCCAGAGGACCCAGUUUCAGCCUCAGAUCAAGCCCAGACAAACUUCCCAGCCCCAGGUGGCUCAGCUCCAGGCCCCAUCACCACCACCCUCACAGCAGGCCAAGCCCCAGCCUCUCACCCCCACCCAGGCUUUGCCCUCUCCCCCAACCUGCCUGCCUCCCAGCCCCAUGCUGAUCCGGGCCGGCGUGAUGCCCCCAGCCUCCCCUGCUUUCACCCGCCUGUCCUCAGCCAGCUCCAGGGGGUCUCGCCCCGGCUCGGCCCGGAAACACCCCUCCCUACACCGCUCCAAGUCUGACCUGAGCGACCGGUACUCACGAGCCACAGCCGACCUGGAGCGCUUCUUCAACUACUGUGGGCUGCACCCAGAGGAGGUAGAGGGCAUGGGGGGAGUGGAGCGUUUCGCCAGGGCCAGCUCAGACAUUGUGUCUGUGUCCAAGCUGCGCAGCGCCAGCACCCCCAGCUCUGAGUGUGAGCAGGCGCGGGAACAAGGGGAGGUGGAGGGCGAGGAGGGUCCUGCCCGACCCGGGGAGCGUGUCCCCUAUGGAAUCUCAAUCAUCGAGAGGAACGCUCGUGUCAUCAAGUGGCUGUACGGGAUCCGGCAGGCGCGGGACGCUGUGUCCAACGUUUAGAGGAAAGAGACGGGAGGGGGAGGCUCUGGAAUGAUACCCAGGCCUAGAGGAAAGAGACAGGAGGGGGAGGCUCUGGAAUGAUACCCAGGCCUAGAGGAAAGAGACAGGAGGGGGAGGCUCUGGAAUGAUACCCAGGCCUAGAGGAAAGAGACACGAGGGGGAGGCUCUGGAAUGAUACCCAGGCCUAGAGGAAAGAGACAGGAGGGGGAGGCUCUGGAAUGAUACCCAGGCCUAGAGGAAAGAGACAGGAGGGGGAGGCUCUGGAAUGAUACCCAGGCCUAGAGGAAAGAGACAGGAGGGGGAGGCUCUGGAAUGAUACCCAGGCCUAGAGGAAAGAGACACGAGGGGGAGGCUCUGGAAUGAUACCCAGGCCUAGAGGAAAGAGACAGGAGGGGGAGGCUCUGGAAUGAUACCCAGGCCUAGAGGAAAGAGACAGGAGGGGGAGGCUCUGGAAUGAUACCCAGGCCUAGAGGAAAGAGACAGGAGGGGGAGGCUCUGGAAUGAUACCCAGGCCUAACACAGGUUGUUUUGUAUUUAUUGAUAAAUCUCACAGACCAUUGAGGGGUACAUAUUUUCCAGGAGGACAUUGUCAUUCUGUAUUGUGUUGCCUUACGGCAUGUAUAGUAUAAUUUCUUAGAAGAGAUGAAGGACCAGAAAUCACACUCCUCUAAACAAAUAUUCAAAGCAAUAAUGGCUGUGGUAGAAAUGACUGAAUGCUGAGGAUGAUGGUGAUGUUGACCAGAUGCUGUGAUUCCUGCUGUCACUGUCUGUCUGAAAUACAGGUACUUCUGAGGCUGUGUUUAGAGUCCAGGGCCCCGUUCUCUCUGCACAGGGGUCCAGGGCCCUGUUAUGUCUACACAGGGGUCCAGGCCCGUUCUCUCUGCACAGGGGUCCAGGCCCUGUUCUGUCUGCACAGGGGUCCAGGCCCUGUUCUGUCUGCACAGGGGUCCAGGCCCUGUUUUGUCUGCACAGGGGUCCAGGGCCCUGUUCCGUCUGCACAGGGGUCCAGGCCCUGUUCUGUCUGCACAGGGGUCCAGGCCCUGUUCUCUCUGCACAGGGGUCCAGGCCCUGUUCUGUCUGCACAGGGGUCCAGGCCCUGUUCUGUCUGCACAGGGGUCCAGGCCCUGUUCUGUCUGCACAGGGGUCCAGGCCCUGUUCCGUCUGCACAGGGGUCCAGGGCCCUGUUCCGUCUGCACAGGGGUCCAGGCCCUGUUUUGUCUGCACAGGGGUCCAGGGCCCUGUUCUGUCUGCACAGGGGUCCAGGCCCUGUUCUGUCUGCACAGGGGUCCAGGCCCGGUUCUGUCUGCACAGGGGUCCAGGGCCCUGUUCUGAAUUUACAGAAUCUAAUGAUGCAAGAAAAGGCUCUGGGUGUUUCACAGCUCUCACACAUUCAGGGGUGUGUGUGUGUGUGUGUGUGUGUGUGUGUGUGUGUGUGUGUGUGUGUGUGUGUGUGUGUGUGUGUGUGUGUGUGUGUGUGUGUGAGGGGGGGGACUUCAUUGAUACUGUGAAACAUGAAAGCUUCUGUAAAAGAACCUGUUUUUCUUUCUUGUAACCUUGUCUGUAAAACUGUUAAUUAAUACCGUUGCUGUCAAGCACACAAGUCAAAGUUAAUAUGAAUCCUCUUCUCAACAAAGCACAAUCACCUAUACUCACGACUCACCGUUGAAACAAACAUGUUCAGGUCAGUGAUAGAGUAUCGUCUAUAGCUGUAUACUGUGUCGGCGUUUUCUGCACCACAAUUGAACACGGUCUCUAAUCAAACAUGGUUGCAUUGGUUCAGUUAGUCUACUUUUUAUUCAGUGAACAAGGUAUAUGUCUGGGCACGGAUGACAAAGAUAGUCUAGUGGAGGGUUGAGGUAAGUGUAGGUUGGAUGAGUAGGUUGCUGUCUGGGGUUGGAGGAGAGACACGCGGCUCAAUGGAAGAGGGAUCAGGACGGUCUGGUGAGACAGGUUGAUACAGGAAAGAGUGUGAGACAGAUUGAUACAGGAAAGAGUGUGAGACAGAUUGAUACAGGAAAGAGUGUGAGACAGGUUGAUACAGGAAAGAGUGUGAGACAGAUUGAUACAGGAAAGAGUGUGAGACAGGUUGAUACAGGAAAGAGUGUGAGACAGGUUGAUACAGGAAAGAGUGUGAGACAGAUUGAUACAGGAAAGAGUGUGAGACAGAUUGAUACAGGAAAGAGUGUGAGACAGGUUGAUACAGGAAAGAGUGUGAGACAGGUUGAUACAGGAAAGAGUGUGAGACAGGUUGAUACAGGAAAGAGUGUGAGACAGAUUGAUACAGGAAAGAGUGUGAGACAGGUUGAUACAGGAAAGAGUGUGAGACAGGUUGAUACAGGAAAGAGUGUGAGACAGAUUGAUACAGGAAAGAGUGUGAGACAGGUUGAUACAGGAAAGAGUGUGAGACAGAUUGAUACAGGAAAUAAUGUGAGACAGGUUGAUACAGGAAAGAGUGUGAGACAGGUUGAUACAGGAAAGAGUGUGAGACAGGUUGAUACAGGAAAGAGUGUGAGACAGGUUGAUACAGGAAAGAGUGUGAGACAGGUUGAUACAGGAAAGAGUGUGAGACAGGUUGAUACAGGAAAGAGUGUGAGACAGAUUGAUACAGGAAAGAGUGUGAGACAGGUUGAUACAGGAAAGAGUGUGAGACAGGUUGAUACAGGAAAGAGUGUGAGACAGGUUGAUACAGGAAAGAGUGUGAGACAGGUUGAUACAGGAAAGAGUGUGAGACAGAUUGAUACAGGAAAGAGUGUGAGACAGGUUGAUACAGGAAAGAGUGUGAGACAGGUUGAUACAGGAAAGAGUGUGAGACAGAUUGAUACAGGAAAGAGUGUGAGACAGAUUGAUACAGGAAAGAGUGUGAGACAGGUUGAUACAGGAAAGAGUGUGAGACAGAUUGAUACAGGAAAGAGUGUGAGACAGGUUGAUACAGGAAAGAGUGUGAGACAGGUUGAUACAGGAAAGAGUGUGAGACAGAUUGAUACAGGAAAGAGUGUGAGACAGGUUGAUACAGGAAAGAGUGUGAGACAGAUUGACACAGGAAAGAGUGUGAGACAGGUUGAUACAGGAAAGAGUGUGAGACAGGUUGAUACAGGAAAGAGUGUGAGACAGAUUGAUACAGGAAAUAAUGUGAGACAGAUUGAUACAGGAAAGAGUGUGAGACAGGUUGAUACAGGAAAGAGUGUGAGACAGGUUGAUACAGGAAAGAGUGUGAGACAGGUUGAUACAGGAAAUAAUGUGAGACAGAUUGAUACAGGAAAGAGUGUGAGACAGGUUGAUACAGGAAAGAGUGUGAGACAGGUUGAUACAGGAAAGAGUGUGAGACAGAUUGAUACAGGAAAGAGUGUGAGACAGAUUGAUACAGGAAAGAGUGUGAGACAGGUUGAUACAGGAAAAGUGGAUUAUCUCAAAAGGAAACUGCGUGUACACGACAUAGUCUACUGAUAUGGACCCAAUAUUUAUUUUUACAAUGUCAUUUGAAGUUACAAACAAUUGUAAUAUUCAACAACCAGUGCAUAGCGUUAAACAUGUGUACAAAAGUACAAUCUGAUCGUAUCUAUGUGAACAUGCACAUACACACAGACACACUAUAUAGGCACCAGCCACACAACAUAAGUGUGAAUGUUGUGUGUAACUGAAUGCUGAAGUACAUGUGAUGAUAGUUUAAUAUGUAGUGUCAUAUAGUGUAAUAUGCACUCUGCUCUGUGGGACAGAAAAGGAGGGAAGACUAUUUAUUCGACUUCCUGUUCCUCUCAGGGGAGACAGACGGAGGGCUCAGCCACGGUCUGGUCUGGUGUUAUGAUGAUGUGGGCCUGGGCCUGAGCUCCAUGGUCUGGUCUGGUGUUAUGAUGAUGUGGGCCUGGGCCUGAGCUCCAUGGUCUGGUCUGGUGUUAUGAUGAUGUGGGCCUGGGCCUGAGCUCCAUGGUCUGGUCUGGUGUUAUGAUGAUGUGGGCCUGGGCCUGAGCUCCAUGGUCUGGUCUGGUGUUAUGAUGAUGUGGGCCUGGGCCUGAGCUCCAUGGUCUGGUCUGGUGUUAUGAUGAUGUGGGCCUGGGCCUGAGCUCCAUGGUCUGGUCUGGUGUUAUGAUGAUGUGGGCCUGGGCCUGAGCUCCAUGGUCUGGUCUGGUGUUAUGAUGAUGUGGGCCUGGGUCUGAGCUCCAUGGUCUGUGAUGAUGUACUGUUGAGUUCAACACUGUCUGGCUGCCCAAAGAAAAGUCAAGCUAUCCUUAUGCUGCAACAUGGUGUCUUUCUUAACAUGUCAAUAAAGAAUAAUGUUUUUUUUUAAUGUA